CUCCAAGCUCUACAGACUCGUCCCAAUAUGGUGAAACCAUUUCAAUCGGCCUUCCUGGACUUCCAUUUCUCCAAAUCUGGGUUAUCUCCUUCGAACUCCCUAGUCAUGAAGGCCAAUUCAACCUCCAUUUUUUCCAAAAUAGCUACACCAAGAUCAAAACACUGCCAAUCGCUAUCGAUACACCAAAAAUUAAUUGAACUACCACAGAUCCUGUCUUCACCUUCAUUCCGUCCUCACCCAUGUCGGAAAAGCUAGGGUCGGGACCACUUGGGUUUUGUGGGUUUCCAGUUUUAGACAACCCAAAGCACGCUCAUCCCUUACUCUACCUGCAGGAAAACCAGAAGCUGUAGGAAAGGAGGCUGAGCAUGAAGCUGAGCAAGUGUUCUUACCAAGAGAACCCAGAUUGGGUUCUGAAGGAGAACCCAGAUUCCCACCAAUUCAAAGUAACCAUAGAUCCAUCCGAAAAGAAGUCGAGAGAAAUGGAGAACCCAGAGAACAAGAACCCGAUCUGGGUUCUCCGAGAAGAACCCAG